AUGGUGGAGAAAAAGAUCCACUGUCCGCAAUGUCUAGCAGCGUUGACAACGAACAAAGAAAGCAUUCCAGAUUUAUUCAUAACAUGGAAAACGACUGGAGGCGUGAAACUGCCAUCACUCGGCCUUAUCAAAAUAUGCGAGGAAACAGAGAAGUGUGUAAUGAGAAUGUUAAAUGUAAAUGGAGGUGGUUUACCACAUAGCGCUGGACUUUCAAGUGCGAUUGCUAUGACAGUGUCAUCAGUCUGUGUUGAAAGCAAGGUCUUGAUUCUACUCCAGGAAACAACCCUGUUUUUAAAUUGA